AUGCUAGCGCGCAUUCACGCAGACGCGUAUAAUUUGGCAAACGCAAGGCGUGGCCGUAAACCGGGUCAAGCUGCCUGCUGCAUAUGCAGCUUGGCUCUAACGCACGUGAUGCCGGCGAUGAGAAUGCAAGGAGCUGCAAUGAAGCGUUUGCUCGUUUGGUUUGUGCGACAACGAGAAGCAGCUAGCCGUUUGCCGGCAUUAGCAUUUAAAUGGAUUGGGAGGAAGCCCUGCUGUUUUAGCGCAAAAACUCCUCGUCAGACGGCAGUUUAUCUAUCUAUCUAUCUAUCUAUCUAUCUAUCUAUCUAUCUAUCUAUCUAUAUAUAUAUAUAUCUUGUGCGAGUUAAGUCAAAAGCGUUUCCGAGUUUAUGCAACAAAUCUAUCUAUCUAUCUAUCUAUCUAUCUAUCUAUCUAUCUAUCUAUCUAUCUAUCUAUCUAUCUCAUGUUGGCUUCCUCCCAAUCCAUUUCAAAGCUAAUGCCUGCACACGGUUAGCUGCUUUUCGUUUUCGCACAAACCAAAUUAGCAAACGCUUCAUUGCAGCUUCUUGCAUUCUCAUCGCCAGCAUCACGUGCGUUAGGGCCAAGCUGCAUAUGGCAGCUUGA